CUAGGGUUUUAUAGAAACGAAAAUGGCGUCUCGUUCUUUACUCAAUGCUUUCAAACGCUCCUGCAACUCACUUUCUCUCUCUACAAUUCCGAGCACUUACUCUCUCCACCGUCUGCGACCAAUUUCUGCCGUUGCGGCCAACCUACGAAAUGUCUCUCCGGCACCGACGCCGUUUUCUCGAGGUUUUGCCACUCGCCAAACGUCAUCGUCACUCAAUGACCCGAAUCCUAAUUGGUCCAAUCGACCCCCAAAGGAAACGAUUUUGCUUGACGGCUGUGAUUUUGAGCACUGGCUUGUUGUGAUGGAGAAGCCUGAAGGUGAUCCCACCAGAGAUGAAAUUAUUGAUAGCUACAUCAAAACACUUGCUACGAUUGUUGGGAGUGAGGAGGAAGCACGGAUGAAGAUUUAUUCCGUCUCAACUAGACAUUACUUUGCUUUUGGUGCCCUUGUAUCUGAAGAACUGUCUUAUAAACUAAAAGAGCUGCCUAAGGUUCGUUGGGUGCUUCCUGAUUCUUAUCUCGAUGUUAGAAAUAAAGAUUAUGGAGGGGAACCUUUUAUCAAUGGACAGGCUGUACCAUAUGACCCGAAAUACCAUGAGGAAUGGGUGAGAAACAAUGCUCGUGCUAAUGAGAGAAACAGACGCAAUGACCGACCUCGUAAUUUUGAUAGAUCCAGAAACUUUGAGAGAAGAAGAGAGAUGCAGAAUCAACCCAGUCAGAACCCUGGAUCCAACAUGGCAGCGGGGGGGCCUCCCAACAUGAGGAAUGCACCACCUCCCAACAUGGGCGGCAUGCAGCAACCUAACAUGGGUGGGAUGCACCAGCAGCAAGGCAUGGGAGGGCCAUCCCAUACAGGCGGGAUGCACCAGCAGCAAGGCUAUGGAGGGCCACCACCUCAUGCAGGCGGGAUGCAGCAGCCGGACAUGAGAGGACCACCCAUGCAGCAGCAAGGCUAUGGAGGGCCACCACCUCAUGCAGGUGGGAUGCAGCAGCCUAGCAUGGGAGGGCCACCACCCCGUGGAGGUGGGAUGCAGCAGCCGAAUAUGCCACCCAACAUGGGAGGUGUGCCACCAAACAUGGGUGGAGUGCCUCCCAAUAACUACGGAGUGCCAAACAACGCACCUAGUUUCCAAUACAAUGGCGGUGGACCAAACAAUGGAGGCACACCUUACCAAACAGGUCCAGGGCCAAACCAGAGCUAUGCUCCUAAUACAUCUGAUGGGAACUCCUAUCAGAAUCCAAACAUGCCUGGAAGAGAUAUGUCCAAUCCUAAUUACCGAUGAGCAGCUGUAGAUACGUGUUUAGUUGUCAAUGCUAGAUGGUUUAUCUUCACGAAGUGAUGUCUUAUGGUGUUUUUGAUAGCACGUUGUCCUCAUAAUAGUUGGAAGUACGAAUAUUACAUAUUGAGUUAUGCAGUGCCAAAAAUUAUUGGAAUUUCCUCUUAUUUUUUUC